CAUUCCAAGAAGAGAGCAUUCCUGUUCCAUUUCAGGCUUGAAGCGACCUAGGAUCUCUGAGAACACGACAAUCUUGUCAACCAGCGAUCCAAGCAACGAGGACGAUCGUGAUUCCGAUUCCGGUGGCGAAUUGCGAGCCGAUCGUUCACUAGUGGUGUCGACGGCGUCGGGAAUACCGGAAUCUGAAACGACGACGAGAAAGCGCACUAAUAGCCUCAACGAUUCCGAGGAGGGCAGUCCAGAACCGGGCUCGCAAAGUCCGACGCACACUCCGCCGCUGACACCCGCCUUAACACCGCAAAGAGAGGACACUCCGGCGCCGGAAAACCUCAGCCUACGGAAGAGUGGUAGUCCUCCGCAGACGCAACAGACUUUGCAACCGGUGGAUCUGGUUCAACCUAGGCCUAGCCCCCCACUACCCCCAUUAGCUGCCGCGACAACGGUGCACUUCCCUCCUUAUGCGCCUCUGUACGGGCCGACGGUCGGCGCUAGCUCGCUAGCGUAUUGCUCGCCGGCACUCUAUCAGCACCAGCACCAUCACCACAUGCCCGAGCCGCGGGAGAUUCAGAUGCAGAUGCAAAUGCAGAAUAUCCAGCAAACUUGCGGGCUGCAGUUGCAGCAACAGCAACAGCAGCAGCAGCAACAACAACAACGCUCACCGGUGGACGUUCUGUUGCGUGUGUUUCCUGGAAGACGUCGCGCCGAUGUCGAAGCUCUUCUCCAUCGUUGCAAAGGCGACGUGGUAUCCGCCAUGGAGGUGCUGAUCUGCGAGGAUAGUCUGCAGCCCAAGUCGGCGUUCUCGCCGCUGGCGGGCGCCCUGGCAUCGGCCGCCGUGGCGUCCGCCGCGUCCGUCUCCGCCGCGGCUUACGCGAGCCGCGCCGCGUACUGCACCACCCCGAUACCGUCGACGCGGCACCGAUUCCUGGCCGCGCCUUACACCGGUACCGGUUACCUGCCCACCGUCAUCAAACCACCCAACCAGAGUCUGCAUGCCAAUGGUACUGGCGACGCCUAUCGGGAGACCAGCCCCGACGAUGCCAGCGAUAAGACCAGUUACUCCGAGUGACCUGACGAAAAUUAUGCCGUCGCCUGGUCGUAUUCCUCGAUAGUCCCCUAAUGGACUAUUUCGUUCGUGCAUCCUUCGCUCGCGCCGAAUAAUAGGUGCGCAAAGUGAAAUUAUUCUUGAGGCGUGAUUAGCUGUUCAAAGCUGUUCGAAACUAUAUCCAAGAAUUAUUAGAAAUUCUAACCGAGGAUGCAACAGUGCAACGUCAUUAAACUUUGAACAAGAUCGAUCGCUCGAUCGAAAAUUAUAUACCGUGUGGUAUAAUCGACAAUCUCUCUACCGAGAAACCAAUUUUUUGAUCACCGGUUACUCAAUGUAAUCCUUCAUUAGCGUAUCACAUCUCUUGAGAAUCUCCUCGUUGAUGACUUUGAAUCUUCUGAGAGUGUUAUUUACACAAUUUGGUUUCGAAAUACGCGCAGAUUAAGCGAAAUCUUUUAACGAAGAUACCCUGAUAAAUAUAUCCACCGAGCGAGAAAGAUCCUUUCUCAAUUUUCUUAUUUGUUUCUAAAUUAUCUUUAGACUGGAUGUGGCGGAUAAAUUUAAUAACUAUGAAGCUAUUCUUAUCAAUACAAGUACAAUUUCGAUGAUUAACGAGAUAUGCCAUGGAAAAGAUCUGUUCUGAAAAGGAAACUGCUCCAUUCCACAAGAAACUGAUAAAAUAUUAUCCUAAAAAGAGAGAGAUUCUAUGAAAGAGUCGAAUCUACUUGUUAUCGGCAUCUGUAGGCAGGUUGAAAACCUAAUGACGUAAUGAAGCUCUGUUCCACUAGACAAUAAAGGGGUAAAAAUUGUUAUCUCCAAAGGAAGACGUUGAGAGUGUCUCGAUAAUGCCAAAAUAUUGAAGCUUGAGAGUAUCUGACAAUCCGAGAGUAUCUGGUUUUAAUAUUUAUACAAUUGUGUGCAUCUCUCGUGCGAAAGCUGAGACACGAACGCUUAAUCAAAUGUCUGCGUUAAUUAUCUGCCGACUUUAAAUCGUGAAUGAUGAAUUUCGCUGUGUGACACAACACUUCGUACAAAAGUACGAAGAGAGAAAGAUAAGAAGCGCCAAAAGAUAAUUCAAUUCACGGCUGAUACGUUUUCAGAAUAUACUUUAUACAUGUGUAGAUAAAAACUAUAUAGAUAGAUACGUGUGUAGGUAACAAGUUUGACGAGUAUAUCGGCCAGACAAGAAGAAGGUGAAUCUGUAAAUACGAUGCUAUAUAGCUAAUGACAUUAAUCUCGAAAUUUUUGCCGGACUAUAUUAAACGUGUUAGACGCGCGUACACACACGUGUGUAUAUACAUAUAUAUGUGUACACACACAGUCGCACGCACGCAUGCGCGCGCGCGCGCACACACACACACACACACACAAACACACACACACACAACAAAUAUUGCCUGUAAGUAUAACGCCUGCAAAAUAUCUAGAUUGGCCGCUAUUAGCGACUGGAAACAUCACCUACCGUAGUUACCAAAUAAUAUAUUACUCGAAGAAAAGUGUAUAGAU